GCAGAAUGCUUUCAUUUUUAUUUACAUGGAUGGAUUUAACAGUGUUUGCAUAUUAUUUACAAGAACCGCUUAUGGUCAGAGAACGGGAAAUAUUGGAAAUAAACUCUAUAUUACCUGGUUUUAUUCAUAGUUGUCUGCAGAACACAACACUUUUCAUAACACGUUUUUUGUAAAAGCAAAGAAAGUUUAACAACAACAACAGCUAGCAGACUCUACUGCAUCUACCUGUCGAUGGAACGAUCUGUCGUCUUCAGUGAGCGGACACAGACUGUGAGGAGCGAGCGUUAAAUAGAAAACGCGGAGUGGAAUAAUAUAGCGGUGUAAUAAGAGAAAGUUUUUCGGCGGGGAUGCGAAUCCUCUCUACUCUAACGUUACUUCGGCUACCGUUCUAUUUCGCCUACCAAAGGGCGCCAGCCUGUGAGGGCAAGUGGGCAGCGGCUCAAGCCACAAAGCCACUCCGCUAACGCGUUCCGGUUCCCGUCGGUCCGCAAGUUUCAAAGGAGAAAUAACUGAAAUACAACCGGAGGGUGGCGACCUGGCGGAAGAUAGGUGUGAAAAACGGGAGUGUUGACAGGAGAACUUCUUGGGGGACGUCUUCGGACUCCUCUGGCAUGGAGCUUUCCAUGCCCCCCGCCGCUCCUUCGCAGUCGGCCACCAGCCCGGUGGUCCGACCCAAGAAGAAGAAGCCGAGAAAAGGGGGGCUGACAGCGCAGGCCUCCAGUCCCGGUCCAGCUCCAGCGCCGGCAUCCCAGCCGACGUCCAGUCCGGUGCAGCCAGCGUCCGGUCCGGUGCAGUCGGCGUCCGGUCCGGUGCAGCCGGCGUCCGGUCCGGUGCAGCCGGCGUCCGGUCCGGUGCAGCCGGCGUCCGGUCCGGUGCAACAGCCGGCAUCCAGUCCGGUGCAACAGCCGGCGUCCAGUCCGGUGCAACAGCCGGCGUCCCAGUCGGUGCAGCCAACGUCCAGUCUGGUUUCCAGUCCGGUGCAGCCGACGUCCAGCCCGGUGCAGCCGGCGUCCAGCCCGGUGCAGCCGGCGCCCAGUCCUGCGUCCCAGCCGGUGCAGCAGCUGGCGUCAAGCCCUGUCCAGCCGGCCUUCCAGCCGGCGUCAAGCCCUGUCCAGCCGGCCUUCCAGCCGGCGUCAAGCCCUGUCCAGCCGGCCUUCCAGCCGGCGUCAAGCCCUGUCCAGCCUGCCUUCCAACCGGCGUCAAGCCCUCUACAGCCGGCCUUCCAGCCGGCGUCAAGUCCUGUCCAGCCGGCCUUCCAGCCGGCGUCAAGCCCUGUCCAGCCGGCCUUCCAGCCGGCGUCAAGCACUGUCCAGCCGGCCUUCCAGCCGGCGUCAAGCACUGUUCAGCCGGCCUUCCAGCCGGCGCCUAACCUUGUCCCGCCGACGUUCAAGUCGGCGGUCCCCCCCAGGACUUUCCCCCCUAGGUCCCCCAGAACUCCACGCCCUCAGGCGCACUCGGGGACUAAGACUAUUCCCCACAGUCCCAGCCCCUUCGGACUUCCCCCUAUUGGACUCCCCCCUCUGAACCCUUGUUUGUCCCCACCCCCCCUCCCAUGUUUGUUAUUUUUAUUAUGUCACCCCAACCCCGCUGUCAUUUUGUCAUGUUUGCCAUUGGUUAUGUUGUCUAUGUGUAUUUGGUUCUUGUCUAUGUCCCAGUCUGUCAUGUCUUGUUUGUCAACCCCUUGGUGAACACCUGGGGGGUGUUCAUUAAGGGGGGGGGUUCUGUCACGGUCCUGCCUUCUUGUUUUUGUAUUUCUAGUCAUGUGGCAGGAUCGGGACGGAGUCCUUAGGUUUUAUGUGAGAAAGCCAUGGGUUGUUUAUGUUUUCACAUCUCAUGUGCUUUCUCGUGUCUUGUCAUUGGCCCCGCCCCUCUCGUUUCAUGUAUUGCUUCCCUGCCGUGUCUAAUGUUUCCCACCUGCCCUGUGUUAUUAUACCUCGUUUGUGUUCCCUUUAAAAGAUCCUCUUGUUUCAUUGUCCUGUGCUCGUUGAUUGUAUGUGCUUGUAUGCGUGUCCGCUUGUGCCUCGUGUAUGACGUUGUGACAGUGUGCUCUGUGUUGCCAAGUCAAGUCAGUAAGUAAGUCAGUUAUAGUCAGUUUGUUGUUUUGUAUUCUUGUCGAGUGUGAUCCCGUUUGUUCCCUGCCUUAGUUCAGUUAUCCCCCAUCGUGGGUGUUUUGUUUUGUUCCUUUGUUUGUUAUUAAAGUUAUCUGUUAACCCCUUCACUCCCUGCUGCCUGCAAUUGGAUUCUUUCCUCCACAAUCACGACAUGUUGUAGCCUACUUCAUAUAAAUGAUAUGAACAAAAAGUGCUCAAGGUGACCGUGUAAAUGUGUCAGCUUUAAAAUAUCAUAUAUAACCUAUUAAACAGACUAAAAGCAAAGGAAUAUAACCUUAUUCUGGCUUCUAGACAUUGUGUUAUGCAAGGAAAUCUCUAAGGAAAGAAAGAGGUAUACCAUGACUGGUGGCAACUUAAGUGCCUCUGCCAUCAGCAGCUUCUUGCAUAAUAUCCUUUCAGGAUUUAUCUAAACAAGUCAACACAAAAAGGUUACACUUUAUCGCACAUUACACGAUAAAGGGGUUUCUAGUGAGGACAUGUGACUAUGCAGAGAUGAAAGCUAAACACGCAAUGAGAUCAUUCAUGGCACUUAUUACCACAUAUGUUGAAUUAAGCCCUGUCAGAGUAUCUCAACCUGAAGGUUUAUUUUAGUUUUGUGGGCAAUGUAAUCUUGUGGAAAACCUGUAAUGUUUUUAUCUUUAUUCUAAAUGAAGUCUUUAUUCAUUCAAGUAUAUAAACGGACGGUCACUAUAUGAUUUCAUGAGAAAAUGAUUAAAAACAAUAUCAAAAGAGUCCGUGUGUUACAUAUCAAGUCUUCUAAAGUUGUACAAGGAA